UUUAUGAGGUAAAGGGAGAGGAAAUUUUGGUAGCGAAAGUAGGGCAACGCAAACCAGGAGAAAUAGAUGAUGUUUACGGAGGAUACCACCCCCACCCUACUACCACAAGACCAACCAUUACCCAACGGCCCCAAGCCCGAGAUUUCAGCCGAAAGGCAAAAGUGAAUAAUUACCACCGUCUAUUGUCUAAUGGUUGGAACAAUAAUAAUAAUUUAGUGACACGGACGCAAAAAAUUAAAAAUUUAGUGGAAUUGGAAAAAUUUAGCCAAUUUUUAAUUCCUCUCCUAAAACCUAACGUAUUUUUAAUUUUACAAGGCGAAUUAGGAGUUGGAAAAACCACUCUGACUCAAUUAAUCGCCAAAAAUCUGGGAAUUAGAGAAAAACGAGCCGCCGAAACCAAAAAAAUACAAUUACAAAAUAAAAUUACCAAGGAAAUAACCUACGACCAAUUAAAAAUCGAGAGUAAGCAAAAAGAUAUUAAAGGUAAAAUUGACAUUUUUCAACGUUUAACCAAGUUAGAGGAAGAAAUAAAAAAUAAAGAAAACAAAACCGCCAGCGACCAAAAAAAGUUGGAAUCUUUGGAAAUGAUUAAAAAAGAAUUUAAACAAUCUUUCGAAGCAGAGGAAAAUCCUAAAUUAGUUGAGGGGGUAGAUUAUUGCGUUGAGGACAAGGGAAAUGGAUUUAAAAAAUAUAUCAUUCUCUCGGAAAAAUUAAAAGCAGAUUUUCGCAGAUUUAACCACGGACAAGAUUUUGGAGAUAUUACCGAGCAAAAAUUUGAAGUGCUGCCCGAGAACUCCGAAGAAAUGGCCAGGAAAAUAAGGGAGGGGAACGAAAAGCAUCGGCAAAAGUUCAUUGCUGAAAAUAAUCCACCCAAGUUGCGUUAUGCUUUUCUAACUCCUGAGGAUGAGACUCUUUCGUUCAUUCAGAAAAACCGCCAAGCCUGCUCUGAUACUUUUCCUGACGAAAAUUUUGCCUGGGACAAUGAGUUCAUGUCUAAAAUAGAAAAACCUGGCACGAGCGAACACAAAGCCCUCCAAGCCCUCAAAAAUGCUGGUAUAUCUUUGGAUAAACUUUUUGAAAAAGUAGAAAAAGGACGGAAAAUCAGGGAAAAAAAAGAACGAGAAAAACCUCACCAAGAUAAAGCCAAAAUAUUAGCCAACAUUGAGGAUUGA